AUGAAGGCUGCCCAGGUUGGUCAUCGCGAACGCGAUAACAAGCUCGCGAACGCAGAGAAGAGAAGACAGAAACCUAGUCGAACAGGUGCGGCGCCGCAGAAGCAGCUCUGUGGUCGCCGAAGCAGAAUGGGAGAGGUCAAGCAGGAGCCGCAGAAGCGGUACUAUCUUGCAAAAAAAGAGUGGCAUUAUUUGGGAUUGAAGAUAGCAGUUGAAUCAGGAGUAGAGAACCCAACACGGGCUGAAGUUGUUAGUGCACUUCUUUACAAAUGUGCAACAAAGGCAGCUGCAAUAUCAAGUUCUGGAAAUAUACAACCAUCUAAGUUGGUUCACUACUUAAAUGUAUGUAUGAUGAUCAAACCUCGUCUACCACAAAGUGCAAUUGGAAAUCUAUUAUCCAUGUUCUCCGCAGCAGCUACGUCUACGCAAGAUAUUGAGUUGCCAAGAAUGGUUCGUAAUCUGAGGAAGGAAGUUGAGGUAGCGUACAAGAAAGACCAAGUUGAACAAAAUGAACUGGUCUUAGAAGUAGUAGAAUCCAUGAAAAAAGGAAAAUUACCAUUUGAAGAAAACGACGAAAAUAGUACGUAUUUUUGCAGCAACCUUUGCAAAUUCCCAUUAUACAGUGUAGAUUUUGGAUGGGGAAAACCUGAAAGAGUGUGUCUAGCAAAUGGUCCUUCCAAGAAUUACUUCUUCUUGAAAGAUUACAAAACUGGGCGAGGCGUUGAGGCGCGAGUGAUGUUGCAGAAACAACAUAUGUCUGCAUUUGAAUGUGAUGAAGGACUCCUUCAGUUUGCCUCCUCCUCGGGAGUUUGAAAUCUGCAUUUCUGUUGAUUUUGUAUGAUUUUACUACCGUAUUUUAUGGUUAACACUGAUAUUGUUCAACUUUAAGCUACUAA